AUGUGGCAAAUAUGCGAGGGCUACCGGUUAGAGCCAAAUAAGUUAGUCCGCCAUCACCAACAACAUCCAGAGCGCUUGGCUACACUUAACGUUGGGACGCUUACCGGAAGAAGUCGUGAACUGGCAGGCAGUCUCAGAAAGCGCCGUGUUGACAUAUGCUGUGUACAGGAGACUCGCUGGAAAGGCUCCAAGUCAAGGGAACUAGGCGAUAGUUACAAGGUUAUCUACCAUGGCACAUCAAAUCGCAAUGGUGUUGGUAUCAUAUUGAACGAGACGUUUAGAAACAGCGUCACAACGGUGGAUCGACUGUCGGAUCGUCUGAUGGUUGUAGAAGUAGAUACCGGAGAAGUGGAAUUGCGAGUCGUCUCUGCUUAUGUUUUUUUUUGA